UUUCUCUACUCUCUGUAAACCUUGGUUUCAUCGGCGAUUAGGUUUUCAGGCAUUCCCUGCUCUGGCCGGCGCAUAUUCGAAGACACAAUGUGGGUGGAGCUUCUUUGUGGGUUUGUGUCCUAUCGGUUGAUACGACGGAUUCUAUACGGACAUGACAUCGUGGAAAUGGAGUCCUUUGACUUGGAUGCCAUGUUCAUGGUUGCCUCCAGAAUCGAGAAGCUUUAUGGAGGAAAGGUCUAUAUUGGUCUUAGGAUUCCAGAUGCCGAUACGGGUACUCGACAGAAUAUCGAUAUGGUUCUUGUUACUAAAGGGGAGUUGAUGGUGAUAUCGGUCAAGAAUUUCUCAGGCUUCGUCGGAAUUGAUACCGAUGGAACCUGGAUUUGUACAGAUGAUGGCAAACACAAGACAGAGAGGUACCCUGAUCCUGUUGUGGAAACUAAGAUACAAGUUGCAAUUCUUGAAUCAUACUUGGAGCAAAGGGGUGUAACUUUUCCAGAAGGAUACUUGUCUGGCAGAGUUGUACUCCCAAAUCCAAACUGCAGGAUUGUUCAUUCAAUAAAUUUUCCAUCAGAAGUCAUUCCAUUUGACAAGUGGAUAGAGCUUGAACCAGAACCAAGAAAUUUGUUUCGUGGUUGGAUUAAGGAUGCAUUUCGUGGAGGAAAGAAAGAGAUGCAGGAUGGGAUACAACAGAAGCUUCAUUUCAUUCUUAGCACAGCUCCAAUGUGGGAUAGGUUGGAGCUUAAAGAUAAGAAAUGCUUUCUUGGGGAAUUUUUACAGUUCAAAGGAAGAAAAGAGGAUAUGCAAGUUCUGAGAAUCAUAAAGAGAUCGAAAGUUAGUCGACUAAUCAUCCAGAAGUCAGCUAGGCUCUGUUUAGGUUGCUCAAAACUACAGGUUUUGUACUCUCCUCGUGAUUAUCGAAGUGAGGGGAGUUCAGCUUCUGAAUGGAAAGAAUUGAAAGUGAGAUCAAAUACAGAGGUCUUAUUUCAGCCCCGGGGUUCUGAUAAAGUCCGUAAGUUGAAGCUUUCAUCUAUAGUUUCAAUGUCACUGAGUGCAUAAAAAAAACGCGAACACCCGCCCCUUCCUCCUCCACCU